UUCUCUGCUUAUAAGAACUUUGAAAUUUCACCAUUCUUGAAAUUACAAAAUUUGCAUAAAAGCCAUAAAAAUUGAAACUUUGAGUCACAAAUUAAAGUUUUUUUUACAUCCAGAAUAGCAAAAAUUGCUGUAAACGUAGGCUUAAUUAAAACUCAUCGUAGAAUUCUUGAAGAAAAGUUCAUAUCUUUGUUACAAUCAUGUAAAACUACAAAUCAAUUGAAAGAGAUUCAAACCCAGAUUACAACUCAGUGUGUUGGUUAUACUAAGUACAUUAUCCCUCCCCUUUUGUCAAAAUGUAUGGAAUUCAAGAAAAUUUCUUAUGCACACCAAGUGUUUGAUCAAAUUCCUGACUUACAAGAUGCUUCUCCUUGGAACAUAAUGUUUAAAGGGUAUAUUCAGAAUGAUAUGUACAGGGAUGUAGUUGUGUCGUUUCGUCGUAUGAUGAAUGAAGAUGUUAGUUUGCAUUGUUUUUCAUUUCCUAUGGUUUUGAAGUCUUGUGUAAAGUUAUUGGCUUUAGUAGAAGGUGAAGAAGUGCAUGGUGUGGUGGUAAAGGCUGGGUUUUUGACCAAUACUUUUGUGGGUAGCACUUUGAUUGAUAUGUAUUCGAGUGUUGGGCGAGUGAAAUGCGCUUAUAGGGUGUUUAAUGAGAUGGUUUUACGGAAUGUUUUUACGUGGACUUCUAUGAUCAAUGGAUAUGUUGCAAAUGGUGAUUUGGUGUCUGCAAGAAUGCUUUUUGACUUGGCGCCUGAGCGAGAUGUUGUGUUAUGGAAUAGGAUGGUUACAGGGUAUAUUGAAUGUCGGGAUAUGGAAGAGGCUCGAAAGCUUUUUGAUGUGAUGCCAAACAAAGAUUUAAUGUCAUGGAAUACUUUGUUGAAUGGUUAUGCCAAUAAUGGGGAUGUUGAGGGGUGUGAGAAUCUUUUCGAAGAUAUGAAAGAGAGAAAUAUUUUUUCAUGGAAUGGUCUGAUUGGAGGGUACGCUCACAACGGGUGUUUCACCGAGGUUGUUAAUGCUUUUAAGAGGAUGUUAAAUGAGUCUGAUGUGAAGCCUAACGAUGCAACCCUUGUGAAUGUUUUGUCCGCUUGCACGAGAUUAGGUGCUCUUGAUUUGGGUAAGUGGGUGCACAUAUAUGCUGAGAGCAAUGGGUAUAAGCACAAUGUGUAUGUUGCCAAUGGGUUGAUCGAUAUGUAUGCGAAAUGUGGGGUGGUUGGCAAUGCUGUUGAUGUUUUUAGGAGUAUGGAUAAAAGAGAUUUGAUUUCUUGGAACACCAUCAUUAAUGGCUUAGCGGUGCAUGGUCGGGGUAGUGAUGCCUUGAGUUUGUUUGCUGAGAUGAAGAAUUCUGGAGUAGAACCGGAUGGAAUUACUUUUAUUGGAGUGUUAUGUGCGUGUUCUCACAUGGGUUUAGUUGCAGAUGGGUUCGCCCAUUUUAACACAAUGGCGAAUGAUUAUUCCAUUACGCCUAAAAUUGAGCAUUAUGGUUGCAUGGUUGACCUAUUGGGCAGAGCUGGUCUUUUGGAGCAGGCUGUGAAAUUUGUGGAGAAGAUGCCUGUACAAGCUGAUGCUGUCAUUUGGACAGCAUUACUUGGCGCGUGUAGAGUAUACAAAAACAUUGACUUUGCAAGACUGGUUCUUCAGAAACUUAUUGAGCUUGACCCGAAAAACCCUGCAAAUUACGUUAUGCUAGCAAAUAUCUGUGGUGAUGCCCGGAGGUGGAAAGACGUGGCAGAGCUAAAAGUGGCGAUGAGGGACACUGGAUCCCGUAAGGUUCCGGGAUGCAGCUUGAUUGAGGUUGCUGAUGAAGUGGCUGAGUUCUAUUGCUUCGACGAGAGGCAUUCCAAGUCAAAAGAGAUAUAUGGAGCCUUGAGAAGCUUGAUGAAGGCAUCAAAAUCAUCUGGUCAAGAAAGUUCAUUAUUUUUUAUGGAUUAGAAGUUUUUAGUUUAUUGAAGAUAUUGCCAUUUCUUCGAUCUAAAUCUCUUUAAAAUGUUUCAUCAGUAUCACUGCAGUUGAAAGCUCAUCCACUAUCAUUAGACAUAUCCCUUGAGAAGCCACACUGUCUUGUCAUGCUGUUUAAGUUAUGAAUAUUCUGUUUGACGGCUGCUCUGACUUGGUGAAGUUUACUAAUUUAGGGAAAAUCGGGUUCUUAUAGACAUCAUUUUUGGGAGAAGAAAUGGUAUACAUGGUGGAGAAUGUAUCUUCUAAGUUUGUGAAGUGUGAUAUACUGUGCAGUUAUGAAAGGUAACAGAUUACUGUCUCAUAAUUUGCCUUAUACAUGUCGUUUCUUGCUUUUGAUA